UUUUAUGUGCCAAAAUCAAUUUGAAAAAAAAAGGAAGCUAGCAGUUUACUCCGCAGCCGAUUUGCGGGCAACAACUCCAACCAGUAAAAAUGGCUUCGAAAAACAGAAGAAAAACCAGUAAUCUUCAACCUCCGGUUAAAGACGCCAUUAAAGUGCAAAACCAACCUCAUCCUCAUCACCCCAACAAUGAUUGCUGCUUCGAAGGAGACCGUUUAUUUCGUCUUCUCCAAUCCUUCCAAAGGGAAAUCGAAUCAGAGUUACUGUCCAAUAAAAUCUUGCCUGAGAAGUUGUGGUUCAAGCAACACUUUGCUGUUGGGAUCAAUGAAGUGACGCGGCUGCUUGAACGAAUGGCUCCAUCUAGUGAUGAUACCCUUGCUGCUGACCAAAGAGAAGUAUCUUCUCUCUCUGCUGUUAAACAGGGCAGUAGCCGCCCUCCGUGUUCUUCUGUUACCAAACUUCAGGCUGUGCUGGUAGCAUCAGACUGCAACUCAAGAUGGCUCACUAAGCAUCUACUAAGCUUGGCUUCUUCCAGAAAUGUGCCACUAAUCUAUGUCAAAGAUAAUAAAGAAGGUUCUCUGAGACUUGGUGAAGUUGUUAAGGUCAAAACAGCCAUUGCUCUUGGAGUUAAGGUUAAAGGAAGUAGUAUCAACCAACUUCUUGUAGAAGUUCUUCAUCGCGAGAAAUCAAAGGAAAUCAAAACCUAGACUCCACAAGGAGACCAUGGCCUUAAACAGAUACAUCCAACUAAAAAAACGCAUUCAUGAGCUCAAACUGCAACUGUCUCAGCGAAAAGGGGCAUGUUUGAGCAGGACAAAGGGAGAUCCUCAAACCAUUGUUCAAGGAUAGGACAACUUCUGCUGCACAAUAUGAGUAGUGUUAUUUGUCAUCGAACUCUUUUACUCGUUCUCAGAAAAAACAUGUACUUAAUCCACUGUACUGAGACGGUUUACAGCCUUCUUCUUAAGGAGGAACAGCAGAUCAGUAGGUCAUACGGGGCAUUUGAAUACAGGCGUUGGUCCACCUUUGCUUUUCUUGACUACAGAGUUUCAGGGACGAAAAUGCAAAUAAAUAGGUGAUGUUGAUUCCUCAUAUCAGUAUUCAGUACCAUUACUGGAAGGGGAAAACAUCCUGUUUCUAUGAUUUGGUAUGUCUAAUUAUUACUCAUUACAGUAGUAGUUAAGAGAAAUAACCCAUCAAUUAUGGAAACUGAUUGUGUUCUUAAAUAUCUUUGUGCCCUUUUCAACUCUGUAUAACUUCAUUUGUCUCUGGCUCUCUGCUGGAUUUAUUUGGAUUUAUUUAUUUAGUAAAUGGUCCCAAGGUUCUGAUUUA